AUGUCAGACCUAAUCGAAUCCUACAAACCCUACUCCCUAACCCAAACCCUAACAGGCCACAAAUCUCCUAUCUCAUCCGUCAAAUUCUCCUCCGAUGGCCGUCUUCUCGGCUCUUCCUCCGCUGACAAAACCAUCAAAACCUAUUCCCUCUCCCCUUCUAAUCCUCCUACUUCCCCAAUCACUCCUCUCCAUGACUACCACGGGCACGAACAAGGCGUCUCCGACUUAGCCUUCUCCUCCGAUUCCCGCUUCAUUGUCUCUGCCUCCGACGACAAAACCCUCCGCCUCUGGGACGUCACAACAGGUUCCACAAUCAAAACCCUUCACGGGCACACCAAUUACGUGUUUUGCGUCAAUUUUAACCCGCAAUCGAAUAUGAUUGUUUCGGGUUCUUUUGACGAGACUGUUAGAAUUUGGGAUGUGAAGAGUGGUAAGUGUUUGAAGGUGUUGCCUGCCCAUUCCGAUCCAGUUACUGCUGUCGAUUUUAACAGAGAUGGGUCGCUUAUUGUAUCGAGUAGUUAUGAUGGAUUGUGUAGGAUUUGGGAUGCUGGAACUGGUCACUGUAUCAAGACUUUGAUUGAUGAUGAAAAUCCACCUGUUUCCUUUGUUAAGUUUUCGCCCAAUGGAAAGUUUAUUCUUGUUGGCACUUUGGAUAACAAUUUGAGGCUUUGGAAUUUUGCAACUGGGAAAUUUCUGAAGACAUACACUGGGCAUGCCAAUACAAAAUUCUGUAUUUCGUCAACGUUUUCCAUAACCAAUGGAAAGUACAUUGUUGGUGGUUCUGAGGAUAGUUGUGUAUACUUGUGGGAGCUUCAAAGCAGGAAAAUAGUACAGAAAUUGGAAGGUCACACUGAUACAGUUAUAUCAGUAGCGUGUCAUCCCACCCAGAAUAUUAUCGCAUCUGGGGCACUGGGCAAUGACAAGACCGUGAAGAUCUGGACUCAGGAAAAAUGA